GACAGACGGACUGCCAGCCCCUUCAGGGCGCGCGGACUGCCAGGCGGAGGUGUUGGAGGAGGAGGAGACGAGGAGACGGAGGAGGGGGCUGGGCAGGGGCUGGGGCCGGGCCGGCAGGAGAGACAUGCAAUUGGGAACCGAACCGAGCGGACGGACGCUGCGCCCGGGAUGCAGGUGAGCGAGAGGAUGCCGGCGGGGGGCGCGAGGAGUAUGCCCAGCCGCCUGGUGGCCUGCUGGCAACCCAUCCUCCUGCUGGUCUUGGGUUCGGUACUGUCAGGCUCAGCCAUGGGCUGCCCGGCCCGCUGUGAGUGCUCCGCUCAGGACCGUGCUGUGCUGUGCCACCGCAAGCGCUUUGUGGCGGUGCCCGAGGGCAUCCCUACCGAGACCCGCCUGCUGGACCUGGGCAAGAACCGCAUCAAAACGCUCAAUCAGGACGAGUUCGCCAGCUUCCCGCACCUGGAGGAGCUGGAACUGAAUGAGAACGUCGUGAGCGCCGUGGAGCCCGGCGCCUUCAAUAACCUCUACAACCUGCGGACGCUGGGGCUGCGCAGCAACCGCCUAAAGCUCAUCCCACUGGGCGUCUUCACGGGCCUCAGCAACCUGACCAAGCUGGACAUCAGCGAGAACAAGAUCGUCAUCCUGCUGGACUACAUGUUCCAGGACCUGUACAACCUCAAGUCGCUCGAGGUGGGCGACAACGACCUGGUCUACAUCUCGCAUCGCGCCUUCAGCGGCCUGCACAGCCUGGAGCAGCUGACACUGGAAAAGUGCAACUUGACCUCCAUUCCCACCGAGGCGCUGUCGCACCUGCACAGCCUCAUCGUCCUGCGCCUGCGCCAUCUCAACAUCAACGCCAUCCGGGACUACUCCUUCAAGAGGCUGUACCGCCUCAAGGUUCUGGAGGUGUCGCACUGGCCCUACCUGGAUACCAUGACCCCCAACUGCCUCUAUGGCCUCAACCUGACCUCCCUGUCCAUCACGCACUGCAACCUGACUGCCGUGCCCUACCUGGCCGUGCGCCACCUGGUCUAUCUCCGCUUCCUCAACCUCUCCUACAACCCCAUCGCCGCCAUCGAGGGCUCCAUGCUACACGAGCUCCUGCGGCUGCAGGAGCUGCAGCUGGUGGGCGGGCAGCUGGCCGUGGUGGAGCCCUACGCCUUCCGUGGUCUCAACUACCUGCGCGUGCUCAACGUCUCGGGCAACCAGCUGACCACGUUGGAGGAGUCGGCCUUCCACUCGGUGGGUAACCUGGAGACGCUUAUCCUGGAUGCCAACCCGCUGGCCUGUGACUGCCGCCUGCUGUGGGUCUUCCGGCGCCGCUGGCGACUCAACUUCAACCGGCAGCAGCCCACGUGCGCCACGCCUGAGUUUGUCCAAGGCAAGGAGUUCAAGGACUUCCCCGACGUGCUGCUGCCCAACUACUUCACCUGCCGCCGCGCCCGCAUCCGGGACCGCAAGGCCCAGCAGGUGUUCGUGGAUGAGGGCCACACGGUGCAAUUCGUGUGCCGGGCUGACGGCGACCCACCGCCCGCCAUCCUCUGGCUCUCGCCCCGCAAGCACUUGGUGUCGGCCAAGAGCAAUGGGCGGCUCACCGUCUUCCCCGACGGCACACUCGAGGUGCGCUAUGCCCAAGUCCAGGACAACGGCACCUACCUGUGCAUCGCGGCCAACGCGGGCGGCAACGACUCCAUGCCGGCCCACCUGCACGUGCGCAGCUACUCGCCCGACUGGCCGCACCAGCCCAACAAGACCUUCGCCUUCAUCUCCAACCAGCCGGGCGAGGGGGAGGCCAACAGCACCCGCGCCACCGUGCCUUUCCCCUUCGACAUCAAGACGCUCAUCAUCGCCACCACCAUGGGCUUCAUCUCCUUCCUGGGCGUCGUGCUCUUCUGCCUGGUGCUGCUUUUCCUGUGGAGCCGCGGCAAGGGCAACACCAAGCACAACAUUGAGAUUGAGUACGUGCCCCGCAAGUCGGAUGCCGGCAUCAGCUCAGCUGACGCCCCCCGCAAGUUCAACAUGAAGAUGAUCUGAGGGCGAGCCGGGCGCGUGCGUGCACGCACGCAGGCACACACAUACAUACAUACACACACACACACACACACACAAAAUCUCUUUCGCCCCUAGCCAGCCUCUGUGGCCCACCCUUCCCCCCCGGGGCUGGCCCUGGCUUUAUCUGGACCUCCCAAGUCCACAGGCCUGGAGACCCCCCCACCCACCUCCGCCCCCUGCACACGGGGGGCGCACGUGGACAGACCAGAGUCAACCCACGAGGCAAGGUGACCUGCCACAGCGUCAACCAUUCAGUUAAAAAAAAAAAAGUUACGAACUUCCUCUGUAACUUGGGUUUCAAUAAUUAAUGGAUUUUUAUGAAAACUUGAAAUAAUAAAA